AUGUUCAAGGAGAAGAUGGAGACGGAUGUGCGACAAGCCACCGACUACAAAGAGUCAAUUUCACAAUUGCAGAGUCGCGUUACGGAGCUCGAGACCAUCCGCACGCGACUAGAGAUUGUAAACAAGGGCCUAGAGUCGGAACUCAACGAUACCCGGAGCUGUCUAAAGUCAGUGAAGAUGGAGCUGGACAUGAUGCAGCAGAAGCACACAUUUGAGGUCGACGACGUUAGGCGGAGACACCGUAACGAAAUUGAAGACCUCGAAUCGCGACAUCGAAAAGACACAGACCGAAUGGAGAGGGAAAGAGAAGAAGUAGAGAGGAAGAUACGCAUCGAACUCGAGGGACGAAUCGACAGAUUACUGAAAGAACACGGCGAGGAGCUCGCAGUGCUACGGAAGAAGCUCGAUGCCGACACCGAAGCGGAACGGAGCAGACGCACACAAGAGGCACAGAAGAUUGAGGGGGAAUAUGCGUCAAAGCUCAGAGCAGCCGCUCUGGAUGCGGAUGCGAAGCAGCGCGAGGCACAACUGGUCCAGGGCGAGCUCACAAAUGUCAAGUCCGAGCUGGAUCGGGAGAGGAUUCUUAAGAGCGGUCUUCAAGGCCAAUUGACUGAAAUGACAACACAGAACCUGACCCUGGACGCAGCGAACAAGGCAAUGAAGGAAAAGAUCGACUUUCUCGAGUCGGACAGCCAGGCGCAAUCGUCAGCCUUCAACGACCUCCACAAGCGUAUGCAAGACGCCAUUGAGGCAGCAGAAAGGGCGCAGGAUAAGCUGCGCCAGGAGGAGACGCUACGAAGGAAGCUCUUCAAUCAGGUGCAGGAACUCAAAGGCAACAUCAGAGUCAUGUGUCGUGUGCGGCCAGCUCACGAGACAGAGAGUAACCCUGCGCAAAUAUCUUUCCCCGACACCGAUACCGACAGCAAGGAGGUCGCUGUGCUCGGUCCAAACAAGAUCAGCGCAACUGGAAAGGAUAUCACGGCCGCAUACUCGUACUCUUUCGAUCGCGUGUUCGGGCCUGUGGCGCAAAACGGCGAAGUGUUCGAAGAAAUCAGUCAGCUUGUGCAGAGCGCCCUCGACGGGUACAAUGUAUGCAUCUUCUGCUAUGGUCAGACGGGUGCCGGGAAAACACAUACCAUGUCGUCCAGUGACGGUAUGAUUCCCCGCGCCACAAAACAAAUCUGGGAUGAAGCACAAAGACUACAAGAAAAGGGGUGGCGUUACAACAUGGAAGGAUCUUUCAUUGAGGUCUACAAUGAGACUUACAAUGAUCUGCUCGGCCGCUCAGAAGACCUGGAUAAGAAAAAGGUUGAAGUGCGGCACGAUCCAGUAAAGAAGCAAACCAGCCUCGAAAAUGCUGUCAGCGUCAUGCUCGACGGGCCUGGCCGAGUGGAAGAGAUCCUAGAGACAGCCAGCAAGAACAGAACGGUGGCUGCAACCAAGGCCAACAUGCGAUCCAGUCGAAGUCACUCAGUGUUCAUCCUAAAGCUGAUUGGCACCAACGAGAUUACGGGCGAAAGAAGCGAGGGCACACUCAAUCUCGUCGAUCUCGCAGGAUCCGAACGACUAGAGCACUCCAAGGCUGAAGGCACACGCCUCAAGGAAACACAGAACAUCAACAAGAGUCUGAGUUGCUUGGGUGAUGUCAUCAACGCCCUUGGGUCAGCGAAGGAGGGCGGACACAUCCCGUACAGAAACUCAAAGCUCACAUAUCUCCUCCAAUACUCGCUCGGCGGCAACUCAAAGACACUCAUGUUCGUCAUGGUCAGCCCAUUACAAGCACAUUUGCAAGAGACGAUUACGAGUCUCAAAUUCGCAACCAAGGUGCACAACACGCACAUCGGCACAGCGAAGAAGCAAACCAAGACAUCAUAA